UUCAAAUUCAUUUCGCUAAUUUAAAACGAGAAAACAGAUAUGACUAGUGCUUCAUCUUUGUCUCUUUCCAAAAGCGCAUUCGAUAGUGGAAGUCUGAAUUUCUUGCCUUCCUCCAUCACGAAAAAUCUUCUCCAGCAGGGGAGUUUGUCAAAUGAUAGGAAACAGUCUGUAACCUACAAUGCAACCGAACAAGAUUGUGCAGGUUUCAAAAUAAACGUUUCUCAAGGCUAUAUAUCAGUCGCCAACGCUAUCAACUAUCAACAACAAGCAUCAACUGCCUAUGCUUCAGCGCAGUGGAGAAGCAACGCUAAUUCCAUUGUCCAAGCAGCUGCGAACUUGCCUUCCAUGUCGGCGAACGAGUGCUUCUCUCUCAAUUCACCAACAAGUGACCAGGCAGUCGAAUGCUUCUCGGUUCUGUACCAAGAAUUUAAUGCUGGCGAUUUCGGCUUAAGCGCAAGCCUAUCUCUACCUCCUCUUCCCAUAGCUGUUCUCUCAUACAAUACAACUGAUGGCUGCUGCGGUAGUGGCUACUUUGGAGAUCUCAAUGGAACUUAUGUCUUUUUGGUGGGAUGGGGAAGUUUCGACGAUGACUAUGUUACGGGAACUAUUACCUGUGACGGGUACGGGAACUACACCAGAGUUUCAACCAAUCAAUAUGCCACGUUGUACAUGCAAGCGAUUGAUGAUACUGGCGCGACAGCUAAUUGGCCUUCAGGUUUGUUCAACCAGGCUCUCGACUCUGAUGGGUUUGGUUUUGUUAACCGUCCAGCGACUGCCAGAAUAACUACCUCGAAAACUUACGUGUCCGAAUCCAUGUUCGAAGAUGCUAAGGAUAUCAUGAAGAACGUCCCUAUUUCUGGGACGAAUAAGACUUAUCUUUAUUACAUUAAACAUCUCAACGACUUGUACAACUAUAUCAACGUCAACGAUCUCCCCACGGGUUCAUCCUCCUCCUCUUCCUCCUCGUCGUCCACAUCUUCUUCUUCAACUGAUAACUCGAACGAUGAAAAUUCCAAGUCAUCGUCUUCUUCUUCAUCAUCAUCAAUUCCUAUAUGGGAUACAUUGCUUAUGCUAAAGGAAAAUGAAAAAAAGCAGUUAACGCCUUCGUAAGCCCUCCAGAAAGUUUCUCAAUUCCGUGACUACCAUACUUUCUGCUUCUCUGUCGUAAGACAAGUUCUUAGCAACGAUCAACAAAAACAAGCAAGUAUAAACACCGCAGUCACCAG